AUGACGAGCCCUCCGAGCUCGCCGCCUCCCGUGGAAUCGCCUAAAUCUGACGUAUUAAAUCACAUUACUGAAAAUAGUCUCCUGAAGGAAGAGCGGGACGCGCGUGAUGAGAACAGAAAGGCAGAGGAACAAAGGGCAAUUGCUGCUCGGAAACCAAGGAGGAAGAAGAAGGCUGAGACUAAAUCAGAGCGCGAGGCCAAGGCUCGAGAGUUGGACGAGUUGCUGAUGAAGAGCGCGGCUUUCAGUGAUAUCCUGACCAAGAAGACGCAAGUUCUUGGACGAGUUGGCAGUAGUCUUGAUGGUAAGACGCUAGGCGAACAUAAUCUGCAAAUGGCGAAGCAACCCAAAUGCAUGGUAGGAGGAACUAUGCGCGACUACCAGUUAGAGGGCCUAACUUGGAUGUUUGAGAUUUGCUCUCAAGGCAUGAGCGGGAUUCUUGCCGAUGAAAUGGGAUUAGGCAAAACUGUCCAGACCAUUGCUUUGAUCGCACUACUUCGUGAACAGGAAAACUACCUCGGACCCCAUCUCGUCGUCGCGCCGUUGAGCACGCUGUCGAAUUGGAUGGACGAGUUCCACAAGUGGACUCCAUCCAUUCCCGUCAUCAUGUAUCAUGGAAAUCAAGCUCAACGCCAAGAAAUCUUCCGGACUAAUAUGCUGAAGAACCUCAAGGGUGGCAGGCCGACGGCCAAAUUUCCGGUUGUUUGCACUUCAUAUGAAAUGGUUUUGCGAGAUCAGCAUAACCUGUCCCGGAUCCAGUGGGAAUUCAUUAUUAUCGAUGAAGGACAUCGGAUGAAGAAUGCAGAAGCCAAGCUCUUUCAGCAACUACGGCAAUUCUCAUCCGCGACAAGACUGCUAAUUACGGGUACCCCUCUGCAGAACAACUUGAAAGAGCUUUGGUCAUUGCUACAUUUCUUGCUGCCGAAUAUCUUCACUGACUGGGAAGCAUUCGAGUCAUGGUUCGACUUUUCGGAUUUGGAGGACGAGAGAGGCACCGAGGAAUUUAUUGCCGAUCAGAUGAAGCAGGACCUAGUUAAAAAGAUCCAUCUUAUUCUACAGCCCUUGCUGUUGCGCAGAAUCAAGCAGGAUGUUGCGGCGUACCUGCCUAGAAAGCGGGAAUAUGUUCUGUUCGCGCCCAUGACAAAGGAGCAGACGGAUCUCUACAAUGUCUUUACCAACAAAGAGAUUGAUACGAGGCAAUAUCUUGAACAGAAAGUCACGGAAAAGGUCAAUAGCGCGAUGGCAUCGGGCAGUUCAACUCGCGCAUCCUCGCGAUCUAGUAGUCACACUGCGGCGGUUGCCAAGAAGAAUGGAAGCUCAAACAAAAGUACCAUUUCUCUUCCCGUACGGCAAAGCCCCCGUGGCAAGAAAGCGGAAAACAAGCCAAUAUCCUCGAUUCCAAAUGCUUUUAGCCUGAUGAUGAGAAAGCGUUCAGCCAGUCAACCACUGAAGGGCGACGCGCAGAAAACCCCGGCAACCCCGGCAAAGCAGGCCACAAAGAGGAAAAGCCCGCCAACCUCUGUGAGAUCAGAGACAAAGAGUGCGAGAUCAAGCCGUCACUCAACCCCAGCUAGCACUCGUGGUAGAUCACAGAGAGGAAAGACGUAUGCAGAGGCGGACUCUGAUGAGGAAGACGCCCUGUCUGAUGAUGCAUUCGAAGCCAAGCUCGCAGGUGAGGUAGAGAGCGAGGAGGAGGAGGAAGUCGAUGAACUUCAAUCACCGGAGGAAGUCGAGCGAGCCCAGACAUUAGAACUUGCCAAAAAACAGUUGGCGCAGAAGAAACUGGGAAACCCGCUGGCCCAACUGAGACUCGUGUGCAACAGUCCUCACAAUUUCUAUAACCCCUGGGCUACAUCCACACAUAUUCCUGUCGAUGAAUCCAUUAUUACUUGCUCGGGCAAAAUGCUGCUUCUCGAUCGACUCCUGCAGAAGCUGUUCGAUAGGGGUCACAAAGUCUUACUAUUCUCCCAGUUCAAAACCCAACUGGAUAUCCUGGAAGAUUAUAGUAGAGAGCUCCGAGGUUGGAAUGUCUGCCGUAUCGACGGAUCUGUCCCGCAAGACAGCCGUCGCCAACAAAUACAUGACUUUAAUAAUGACGCUGACUAUAACCUCUUCCUACUAUCAACCCGAGCCGGCGGCCAGGGCAUCAACCUGGCAUCAGCCGACACCGUCAUCCUCUUCGACAGCGAUUUCAACCCGCAGCAAGAUCUUCAGGCGCAGGACCGGUGCCACCGCAUCGGCCAAACCCGCCCCGUCAUCGUAUAUCGCCUCGCUACAAAGGACACAGUUGAGGAGUCUCUCCUAAUGUCAGCGGACGCCAAGCGCCGUCUAGAAAAGCUCGUCAUCAAAAAGGGUGGAUUCAAGACCAUGGGCCAGAAGAUGGAGAAUAAGGAACAACUUGAUGCAGAGACGCUGCGGGCCUUGCUACUAAAGGAUGGGCAGGUGUAUGAGGCAUCGGGGGGCGAUCAGAUCCUGAGUGACGAGGAUCUUGACACGCUGUGUGAUAGAUCAGACGAGGCAUAUGAAAGAGCGGCCAGUGGUCUGGAUGACGCAGAUGGGUAUCGUGUAGUUGAGACGGGUGCGGAUUCUAUAAAGAUGGCGAGAAGGGAGUAG